AAUGGCGGAGCUCAAGGAAGGAGACACCGAACAACUACACCAGGAGGACGUCGAUAUAAAAGGUGGUGGAGACACACUGGUCCCCGAAGAGAGACAGCCUGCCGAGGAUGAUGUAUCUUCAGCAAGUAGUACUGUGGGGAAGACUGAGGCACUGGCAGGGGACAAUGAUGCCAAACCAUCAACCACAACCAGCGAUAGACACAUCUCUAUCCAGACCAAACUAGAGGGCCUGGAGGCGCUGACCGACCUAAAUGGAGCUGGGAGGAAGGCGUGUCCACUAUGCCCUGAAGAGAAGUUUAAGGCCUGCUACAGCCACAAGCUACGACGCCACCUCCAGAACCUCCACUGGAAGGUCUAUGUGGAGUUUGAAGGUCAGAAGAUGUGCAUCUGUCACCUGCCUUGCAGACAGCUGAGGCCCAGCCCCAGCCCCAAUGGAGACCAGGCUCCAGGCCGGCUGGUGGCCCAUUACCACUGUGUAGUGUGUUCUGUCACCAUCGCCCGCAAGACGGACAUGAUCAGUCACCUGAAACGCCACGUCAACAAGGGAGAGACUGAGGCCAGCUACUCAGGCAGCUCUGAUGUACCCUUUGAGGAGCCAGCUCCGUCCGGACAGGCCUAUGAGAUAAUGAAAGAGCUGGGGACAAAUGUUCAGCUCAUGCCCAACCAUACGACCCCACAGAAGACUGACACCUACUUCAACCGCAAGAUGAAGACCAACAGGCAGCUAGUAUUCUGUUCCCUGGCAGUCCUGGCUGAGGAGAGGAACCCGUUGGAGAGUCUGGAUGCGUUUGGGGCCACAGGCAUUAUGGGGCUCCAGUGGGCCAAGCACCUGCGGAACGCCGUCAAGGUGACCAUAACCGACAUCAAUGAGGUGUGUGUCAAGAUGAUCCGUGAGAACUGCAACCUCAACCACAUCCGGGUGGAGGGGUCGCGGGGGUCAUCGCGGGUCCCUGACGGGGGGGCGGGGGACGUGGACGGGGUGCCCAUCGCUACCGUGGAGGUCGCCAAGAUGGAUGCCAACGUUAUCAUGCACCUGAGGUCUUUUGACUACAUACACCUGGACCCAUUCGGCACGGCGGUCAAUUAUCUGGACUCUGCGUUCCGGAACAUCCGUAACCUGGGCAUCAUCUCUGUGACGUCCACGGACACGGGCUCUCUCUACUCCAAGUCCCUGAACGUCACGAUGCGCCACUAUGGCUCGAAUAUAGUCCGUACAGAGUACUAUAAGGAGCUGGCUGCACGCAUGGUGCUGUCCGCUGUAGCCAGGGCUGCGGCACGCUGUAAUAAGGGCAUAGAAGUGUUGCUGGCGGUGGCGGUUGAACACUUUGUCCUGGUGGUCGUCAGAGUCCUCAGGGGUCCCACCCAGGCCGACGAGUCAGCCAAGAGGAUCAGACAGCUCAUCCACUGCCAGUGGUGUGAGGAGAGGGUGUUCCUCAAACAGGGGAGCAUGGUGGAGGAAAACCUGUACAGACAACUGCCCUGCAACUGUCAUGGGAGCAUGCCUGGCAAGACAGCGGUGGAGCUGGGGCCACUAUGGUCUGGCCCUCUGUUUAACACAGGGUUCCUGAGGAGGAUGUUGUUUGCAGCGGUGCAGCACAGUAUGGAGGAUAUUCAGCCUCUGGUCAAGACUCUGAUCUGUGAGUCAGAGUGCACCACCCUCAAGUCCUCUGUUCACGGGCACACUGCACUCACCAACCAAGUGGAAUGUGGUGUAGUCAUCAAGGUACAGAAGGUGGAAGAGUCAGGGACUGCUGACCACUCAGGAAAGAGAAAGACAGGAGAUGAGCCAGGUAACGUGGUGAAGAAGCUGAAAUCAGACGGGUCUCUGGAGCACCCAGCGUUCUACUACGGUAUUCACCGCCACAGCAUCAGAGGCAUGAACAUGCCCAAGUUGAAUAGGUUCCUGCAGUACUUGACGGAGGCGGGCUUCAGAGUAAGCCGCACCCACUUUGACCCGACAGGGGUGCGAACCGACGCUACGCUGGACCAGUUCAAGUCAGUGCUCACCAAAUACAGCGUGCCCACCUACACCAAUGCCACGGCAACCCAAAACCCAGAGGAGACCGUACGGGCCAUGGAGUGACCCACCCUGGGGAGAAUCAAAGCCUCAUCACCUCCUCUCUGCCUCUCAGAGGUGACAUACGGGCUGUGUGCAUCUCAAAUGGCAACCUAUUCCCUAUAUAGCGCACUACUUUUGACCAGGGCCCAUAGUAGUGUACUAUAGGGAAUAGGGUAGCAUUCUCUCUCUGUGCAGGGACACUGGUUGUAAGGAGUGGAUCACUCUGCACUGAUUUAAUUUUCCUCUUGGUUUUAUUCGUCACUGGUAAGGUACUUUGUAAAAAUCCUCUUAGAAGACAAGAUGCUUCUAUAUUAAUAGAGUACAAAAAACCUCUGCUUUUCCAAUAGAGCUGAAAUAUUGGUUAAAUGCUGUUGCUAGCCACACUGAGCUGACAGACAAUAGCCUCUAUUCUGCCCACUGACUGAUAUUUAUUAUUCUUGUGAAUAAUUAUUUUACAAUUCAUUUUUGAGUUCAUCUUAAAGUUCAUGGGGGCUGUUUUCAUCUUUCAAUCGUUUUUUUUUUGUAAAUUUCUACUCUUGGUAAAAGGUAAUAAAAUAUUGUUGCAAAGCC